GAUCAUGCGUUUUCUCUUAACCACCUGGAUUUCCAUCUGGAUGUUGCUGUGAUGAGUCUGAAAUACAAUUGGCAAAGACAUUGCCUAUUUGCAGCACAGAGACCCCAAUGGAGAGCUAGAUUGUUUGAACUCCAGACGGACCAACACCAGAUAAAUUAUGAAUGUUGAACAAGAUGACCUUACAUCCACAGCAGAUAAUGAUAGGUCCUAGGUUUAACAGGGCCCUAUUUGACCCCCUGCUUGUGGUGCUGCUGGCUCUUCAACUUCUUGUGGUGGCUGGUCUGGUGCGGGCUCAAACCUGCCCUUCCGUGUGCUCCUGCAGCAACCAGUUCAGCAAGGUGAUUUGUGUUCGGAAAAACCUGCGUGAGGUUCCAGAUGGCAUCUCCACCAACACGCGGCUGCUGAACCUUCAUGAGAACCAAAUCCAGAUCAUCAAAGUGAACAGCUUCAAGCACUUGAGGCACUUGGAAAUCCUCCAGUUGAGUCGGAACCAUAUUAGAACCAUUGAAAUUGGGGCCUUCAAUGGUCUGGCAAACCUCAACACUCUGGAACUCUUUGACAAUCGUCUUACUACCAUCCCGAAUGGAGCUUUUGUAUAUUUGUCUAAACUGAAGGAGCUCUGGUUGCGAAACAACCCCAUUGAAAGCAUCCCUUCUUAUGCUUUUAACAGAAUCCCUUCCCUGCGGCGACUAGACUUAGGGGAAUUGAAAAGGCUUUCAUAUAUCUCAGAAGGUGCCUUUGAAGGUCUGUCCAACUUGAGGUAUUUGAACCUUGCCAUGUGCAACCUCCGGGAAAUCCCUAACCUCACACCGCUCAUAAAACUGGAUGAGCUAGAUCUUUCUGGGAAUCACUUGUCCGCAAUCAGGCCUGGCUCUUUCCAGGGGUUGAUGCACCUUCAAAAACUGUGGAUGAUACAGUCCCAGAUUCAAGUGAUUGAACGGAAUGCCUUUGAUAACCUUCAGUCCCUAGUGGAGAUCAACCUGGCCCACAACAAUCUCACAUUACUGCCUCAUGACCUCUUUACACCCUUGCAUCAUCUAGAGAGGAUACACUUACAUCACAACCCUUGGAACUGUAACUGUGACAUACUGUGGCUCAGCUGGUGGAUAAAAGACAUGGCCCCCUCCAACACCGCUUGCUGCGCCCGGUGUAACACUCCUCCCAAUCUGAAAGGGAGGUACAUCGGGGAGCUCGACCAGAAUUAUUUCACAUGCUAUGCUCCUGUGAUUGUGGAACCCCCUGCAGACCUCAAUGUCACCGAAGGCAUGGCAGCUGAGCUAAAGUGUCGGGCCUCCACGUCCCUGACGUCCGUGUCUUGGAUCACUCCAAAUGGCACAGUCAUGACACACGGGGCGUACAAAGUACGGAUAGCCGUGCUCAGUGACGGUACAUUAAAUUUCACGAAUGUAACCGUUCAAGAUACAGGCAUGUAUACGUGUAUGGUGAGUAAUUCUGUUGGGAACACGACUGCUUCCGCCACCCUGAAUGUUACUGCAGCAACCACGACUCCCUUCUCUUACUUCUCCACUGUCACAGUAGAGACAAUGGAACCUUCUCAGGAUGAGGCACGGACCACAGACAACAAUGUGGGCCCCACUCCAGUGAUUGAUUGGGAGACCACGAAUGUGACCACCUCUCUCAUGCCACAGAGCACAAGGUCAACAGAAAAAACCUUCACCAUCCCAGUGACUGAUAUCAACAGUGGGAUCCCAGGCAUCGAUGAGGUCAUGAAGACCACCAAAAUCAUCAUUGGGUGUUUCGUGGCCAUCACACUCAUGGCGGCAGUGAUGCUGGUCAUCUUCUACAAGAUGAGAAAGCAGCACCAUAGGCAAAACCAUCACGCUCCGACAAGGACUGUUGAAAUCAUCAAUGUGGAUGAUGAGAUCACAGGGGACACACCCAUGGAAAGCCACCUGCCCAUGCCUGCUAUCGAGCAUGAGCACCUAAACCACUAUAAUUCCUACAAAUCUCCCUUCAACCACACAACAACAGUUAACACAAUAAAUUCAAUACACAGUUCAGUGCAUGAACCGUUAUUGAUCCGAAUGAACUCUAAAGACAAUGUACAAGAGACUCAGAUCUAAAACAUUUACAGAGU